AUGUCCCAGAAGCGUCUUUUAAAGGAGCUCAAGCAGCUAAAUAAGCACCACCCGUCGUUGACAAAUGCUCAAAUCAUGAGCAUAGAGCCUUUAACCGACGACUCUCUUUACGAGUGGAGUGCAAUUAUCGCCAAACCGACGAAAGCUGAUAGCCCUUACUAUUACAACGGGCAGUGGACGCUUGACAUCACUGUGAGCGAUCAAUAUCCAAAUAAGCCGCCAAAAGUGUAUUUUUCAAGAAAGACACCCAUCUGUCACCCGAACAUCAACAUCGAAACAGGGGAGAUUUGCCUCGACAUUUUAAAAGACGAGAGUUGGCUGCCGGCGUGGAACUUGGAGCACGUUGUGGUGGCGAUCUUGAUGCUUAUAGACGACCCGGAGCCCGACUCGCCGCUCAAUAUUGACCUGGCCAACUUGUUCCGUUCAGACAAGGCUGCGUUUGAGUCUGUGGUGCAAUACCACCUCUGGAAAUUCGGCACUUUUUUUGAAGGCGCCAAGGAGCCCUCGGGAGUGAAGCUGCAUGCCAUUCUCGCGUACGAUGUGAGCUCUGAAGAAGAAGAUGAGCCAGACCUGGAGGCGGAGAAUCCCGACGGAGCUUCGAAGAGGGGAGACUUCUCAAAAGAUGGCAGCUACGGCGACAAGAGUAUAUCUGAAAGCUAUCAGAAUCUCAGCCUACACGGGGGCCUGAGUGGUAACGGAUCGCAAGAGGCGAUUGAAUCCGUGCCUGUGACUUUUAGCGAGGAGGAGAAGAGAGAAAGCGUGAAGCAGAUCCAUGAGGUCGGAGAGCAAGUGACACAAGAAUUUAUCAAGAAAGCUAACGAAGUGGGAGCUAAUUCACCUCCUUCGGGUGAAGCAUUUAUGAUGGACAUGCAGAGCGUUCACCAGCAAGUGGCACACAACGUGCAGCGACAGGUGGACGAGGUGUGUCAUAAAACUGCGAGUUCUCCCCAGCCCCGAAUCAUCACAACCCUCAGCAAGUACCCGCAGGAAGAUGUGGAGAAAGUUAAAGCGAGGUUUCUCCACCAUGUCGACCAGCAGGUCAACGAGAUCAGAAGACUCCACGAGUACAGACAGGCUGUUGCUUGA